AUGCCGAAACGGAUUGGUAAGUUAAUAGGACUGAUAACUCACCAAGGUGAUGAUGGGUUAUUAUAUGUAUUUGUUCCAGGGAAACAUCCUGAGUUGGUAAUUGAUCAAAGGAAAACACUGAAUGAUGAGCAUUGUUUUCGUAUUGGUGAUUUUAUAUCAUUCAUUAAUAUUAAUGAUUCCAUUACAUCACCAAUUCGGAUAAAAAAUUUGUUCGAAACACGUUUUGUAAACAAUCGUUUACAGGUGAAAGUUCUGGUGGCAGUUCCUCCAAAACAUUUCUCUGAACGAGCUAAUUUCACCACAGUUACUCCCUCUACUGACAAAAUGCUUGCUUGGUCUCCGGACUUUGCAUUUAUUGGUUGUUCAUUUGAUGUCGUAAAAAAGCUGCGCAAAAAUCAGAUGUAUAGCGCUUGGAUUGAAAGAGUUCCACAAAUGUUCCAAAGUGUUGCUAAUAUAUUCAUAUCGUGGCAAAUAGUGGACGAUAUUUUUGAUGAAUGUUGUGAAGAAGACAAACAACUUAUCAUGAAAGCGCCAUGGAAUUGUAAAAAUAGCACUCAGCUUUCCAGAAUUUUAUCUUAUUCUGAUUGUUCGCAACAAAUGAAGCGAAAACCAUCACACAAUCCACGUUUUUUCGUUGCAUCAUUGAAAAAAUACAUUGAUAAUUACGAAGGCUUAGUGAUAGCGGUACAUGAUUCAAGCGCAAAAGUAUGGUCUUUAGCAAUACCAGAUAGUGAAAUUGUGUUUUUUCUGGGUGUUCGUAAAGGGAUGAAAGUUGGUGAUUGGGUUCGAUUUAACUGCACACCAUCUAGAUCUCCUUAUCUUGGCUGUCAUUUACAAGGGAAGAAAUUUGAAAUAAUUGAACCAAUACUUCCGGCAAAAGCCUUCAAUAACACAGUUCAGGUAGAAAUUACGACGACUAUUGCAAUUGAUAAUUUAAAAUAUUAUCCAACUGGUGAAGUAACUCUUGAAACUGAAAUACUUGGAGCGGUGGAAUUCAGUCCAAAUAGAUUUCGACAAGAUUAUUGCAAUCGAUGCUUAUCUUUGUUUAUUUGCAAAAUAAUGGCAUCUGAACGAACUGGUGCUGUUUGGCAUGUAUUUGGUGUGGUGAACGAAGAAUAUGUAGAAUUCAUGGAACAUUCAGCUUCAAUUGACAAUUUUUCAUAUACAAAUGUUAAUACUUCUGAGGAAUUUGCAUCCAUAGAAAAUGAUAGAUGCAAUGCAAAAGUUGAAAUAAAUGAUAAUUGUUAUUCCACCGAAAGUAGACAGCAACGAUCAGAUUUUCCAUCCGAUUUACCGGGAACUUCUCAGAAGGAAAUUGACGAUAGCUUUUAUUCGGAUUUUUCAUAUAAUAAUGAUGCAUAUGGCAGUUAUAAUAUGGAAAAUAUGAAAGAGGAAGAAGAAUAUGAUCCAUUGAAAGAGCCAGCUUUUGGCUCAGUUAAGCCUAAUAUUCUCCAGUUUAAUUCGACAGAAUAUAGCAAUGGCAAUGAUGAAUUUAACAUGCGAGAUAAUUCUCGCACUGAGCUAAAUGAGAAAAGUUUUGAAGGCGGUGAAUCUGAAGAGUUAAAUAAUCAAGCAAUAAAAUAUUGGUUAAAAGCAUUGGAAAUACCGGAAAUUCGUCGACAAAUUGAGAAGGCAGAUAGAGUAUUGUACGCAAACAUUAUGCAAAUGAUAUCGGAUCUUAGUGCAAGAAAGACUAGUAAAGAUAGCUGGAAGAAGUUCUCUGAUCACUGUUAG